AUGGCUGAGCUGUUGACAACAGAAGAAACUUAUUUGAACCAUCUGAUGACCAUAAAGAAGUUUUAUAUGGACCCUUUAUUUGAAAACGCUACUCAAAAAAGAUCAUUAGUGAACUCAAAACAUGUUGAGAUCAUAUUUGCUCAUAUCCCUCAGCUUAUCAAUGUGUCUUCAGCGCUUACAGAGAGGCUACAUAAAAUGAUCAUCGUCACUUCUGCCGAAAAACUCAUGACUGCAGAUGCCACGCAGUACGAUCCUGUGCCUAUUGGAAAACUCUUUUGUGAUUUCGAAAACUAUUUUGAUGUAUACAUUGCAUAUGCUGUAAACUAUUCCAAGUCUAGAAAAUAUUUGAAUAAAGCAAGCUCAAAUAUUGUCUAUCGUCAAUUAGUCAAGGAUUCUUUAAGAAAGAAAGAAACUAAUCGAAUGGUUCUUGAUGAUUACAUGAUUGCGCCUAUUCAGCGUAUCACUCGCUACUGUUUACUGCUCCGAGAUCUUCAAAAGCACUCGGAUCCUUAUAAUCCCGAUUUUACUUACUUGGAUAAGGCCAUCAAGUUUCUAUCUGCUCUUGCACUCGCUAUGAAUCAUGUACAGUAA